UAUAUUUGUUUAUUUUGAAUAACGACACACAUUACUAGCUUUCAGAAUGGCUGAUGUCGAUGAAAUUAUUGAUUACAUAAAAUCAUUGAAGAAAGGAUUUGAUAUAGACUUGUUUCAGAAUAAAAUUGACGAGCUAGCAUACGCUGUUGAUACAACUGGGAUACUUUACAAUGAUUUUCAUACUUUGUUUAAAGUUUGGUUGAAUUUAUCAAUUCCUAUAACAAAAUGGAUAAGCUUGGGUGCCUGCCUUGUGCCACAGAAUAUCGUUGAAGACCGGACUGUGGAGUAUGCUUUGAGUUGGAUGCUUUCUAAUUAUGAGGACCAGUCUACUUUCUCUCGAAUAGGAUUUUUAUUAGAUUGGCUUACUGCUGCAAUGGAAUGUGAAUGCAUUGAAAUGGAGACUCUGGACAUGGGUUAUGAUGUGUUCUAUGUCAGCUUGACUUAUGAAACUCUGACACCUCAUGCAGUGAAACUGGUGUAUACCCUGACAAAGCCUGUUGAUGUCACAAGGAGGAGAGUUCUUGAAUUACUUGAUUAUGCCAGGAAGAGAGAAGCUAAAAAGAAUAUGUUCAGACAGCUUCAAGUUCUUUUGGGUCUUUUCAAAUCCUAUAAACCCGAAUGUGUACCUGAGGAUAUACCUGCGAUCUCCAUCCAUACAGCUUUCAAGAAGAUCAACCCAGAUCUUCUGGCUAGAUUCAAAAGAAAUCAGGAAAACAGGAACUCAGUCCGCAGAGAGAGACAUCAUUUAACAUGGAUCAAUCCUAUUAAUUCUGACCGUGGCCGCAACAAGAAGGUAGAUCCACUAGUACCAAAUGUUGAGUUUUUGAAUAUUGGCUCAAAACAAUAUGCAGAAAAGGAACACCAGAAGAAUUUCUUAGAUUUCACAGACCCAGUGUCAGUGCUGCAAUGCAGUGUACAGCGCUCCACGUCCCGGCCGGCGCGGAUACGAGCUCUGUUGUGCAACGCGACUGGAGUGGCGCUACUGGCCGUAGCAUCGCACACGGAACAAGAGUUCUUAUCCCAUGAUCUUCAUCAUCUGCUUAACAGCUGUUUCCUGAAUAUAUCACCACACAGCUAUGUAGAGAAGCAGGAUCUGCUGCACCGUUUAGCGGUAUUACAACAUACUCUGAUGCAGGGUAUACCAGUCAUCACAAGAUUCCUGGCUCAGUACCUGCCCUUGUGGAACGAGAGGGAUUUCUUCGCAGAGAUAAUGGAACUGGUACAGUGGGUGAGCCUGGACAGUCCAGAUCUCGUGAUGUGUUUGGUGGAGCCCCUUGCGAAGGCCUACCACAGGGCCCAGCCUAUAGAACAGUGCGCCAUACUCAGAAGUCUCAACCAAAUGUACUGUAAUCUGGUAUAUGCCAGUACUAGGAAACGCCAUCAUUUCAUGGGCACGCCACCGUCGCCUCAGGUUUACGCACAAGUAUUGCCCAAAGUGGCCACAGCCAUUAGUGACAUGUGUGACAAAGAAUUACAAGUCAAUCCAGAGCAAAUGGUAGUGGUGCAUAGUAGCGUGCAGGGCGCGGCAGUGCGGGCGCGGGGCGAGGCGCGCGGCGCGGCGCCGGCCGGGGCGCUGGCCCCCGCACUGGCGCUGGCGCUGCCCCUACUCGGCGUCUCCGCUGCAUUACUCGACUCCGUUGCAGAGCUCAUGAUACUAUACAAGAAAAUAUUUACAACCGCCAAACAAUCGAACUUAAUAAUAAAAAGCGACACAUUUGAGAAACAGAUGCAAGUACUAGAAGCCUAUACUUCGGAUUUGAUCAACUGUUUGUAUAGUGAAGGAGUACUAAGCGACAGAAACUUAGGGUUUGUGUUCAGCAAAUUACACCCGCAACUUGUUGAGAAACUUGGCUCGUUAAUGCCUGACGUUGACGCUAAGUUAAGUAUUAGAAACAGUAUAGCAUUUGCUCCAUAUACGUAUAUACAAUUAGACGCUAUAGACCACAGAGAUGCCGAUAAUAAGCUUUGGUUCAACGCCGUCAUUGAACAGGAGUUUUCCAAUCUCAGUCGCUUCUUAAAAAGGGCCGUAACUGAACUGCGGUACCAGUAGAGGGCAAUGUACCCCAGUGUUUUUUUAUAUGUACAAAUUAUUCAUUUAAUCUUUUACCACCGAUAGUGCCAAGUAUAAGGGUAGGUUCAUGUAACAUACCUUAUUUGUAGCUCACCCAAACUAGUCAAAUUGCCAUACUGCUUGGCGAUUGAGCUUUUCCCAGUAAUGGAAGUGUAAACUAUUUUGAUUUCUUCUCCUCUAAUAUUAAGUUCUGAUUUAUCUUGUUGCGGUAUCGAAGACAGUUGUUCAUGUAACCUGGGCCGCGCCGCCUUCGGUGUUUCGCUGAUCUUCAUGGUUGUCUACCUUAAAUCCUGACUUACGUUGUUACGGCUUUGGCAAGCCGUGAAAGGA